UAGCUCACAGUGAUGUGAAAAGGAUUUCCAUUUGUCUAGUCUGUGCCUACUUUCCCCAUCUAAUCCCCAUCUAUUCUCACCGCUGACCUUGAGUUGAAUGCUAAUCUGAACAGUGAGGAGCGGCAGACUGUCGAGAGCGUCUGGAGGCAAAACACUCAGCAGGCUGCAGACUAGGCUUCCUCCCCCGUCUAACUCGGGCGGCUUGUUUUCAUUUGGUGCCUGGGACAUGAACCGCGUCGCUGCCUCGGUGGACAGGAUAAGAGCCCCAGGAUUACCAGGAUUGUUACCCCCUUCUCCCCGACCUCUGUCUGGAGAUGUCUGGGGAUGCAUGUUAAACCUGAGAUCAAAGGGAUGCCAGGUCUGCCGGCCAACCUUCCCUCCUUUAAGCCGCCCUCUCCACUCUGCUUACAGCCAAAACAACAUGCCACCUAAAGCGUGCACUCUUAUAAAACAUAAUGAGGAAUUAUAAAGGAACUCAUUUCACCCCGCCUAAGAUGACUUGGUGCUAUUGUAUUCACACUCUGAAUUAUAGAGCCAGUCGCAUUUGCCUGUAUGAUAUGUGGGAAGCCAUUAAAACAAAGAAUUAUGUCAAAUACCAGAGGCCCGAUUUUCAGCUGAAGAUAUAAUUGGCUACUUUAGGGAACCGUCUCUGGCAUCCUUGGGAAAGUAAUGCUGGGAGGGAACAAACUAGGUUAAAUACACUGCGGCAAACAUUUCAUAUGCAUUUCAGACUUUUUUUUCCCCUCCCGAAUGCAGACGGGAGGGAUUAAAUCUAAGAGCACUUGCGCACUCGCAGAAUUGACCUCAUUGUGUGGUGAGCAUCCUUUGAUUUCCCAUCAUUUGCUUCCUGGUAAAUAUAGCCUGCUGAUACUCAUAUAAAAGAUGCACAAAAAAUAACUUGGGGGGGGCAAUCGGCCAUUAUUCCAUUGUUUGGGUGCUACUUAAGAAGGAUAGGAUGUAGACUCGUGAGCAGAUUAAGGGGAAAUUCCCAGGGAGCACCACAAUGAAUGGGGAGUCUAUGCUAUCGAGUUUGUAUGGAUCAACAUCUUAAUUGGCAAAGCCGCACAGAUGAGUUUGUUUUGCUUUGUUGCUCGACAGCAGGGUCAAGCUCCUUGCGGAAUCGGCCAUUUUAAUGUCUCUGUCUGAGGCCUGUUGAGUUUCACCUGCGGCAUUGUUUUCCUGCCCUCUCUGUGCUUCUGUCCUGUUUCAGGUGAGAUUUGACUGAAAGGAAUUAAUGGCCCUCAUGGGCAGCAGCCAUGGCCUCUGAGGAACCUGUGGACCCGGCAGUGGCCGGUACUGUGGUGAAAGCUCCUCCAGACGGCUCACAAGAGGAGCAUUUGGCCCCCCCUGUGCAGGAAGUGAUUGACUGCAGUAGCCAUGUACCAUAUGCAGUGUCCAGUCCCAGCACCAGCAGCCUUUGCAGUGAGGACUCCUUCUGUCGGAUCUGUCACGAGGGCGACGGCGUGGAGGACCUUCUGUCCCCCUGCGAAUGCGCCGGCACUCUGGCCAUGGUCCACUGCAGCUGUCUGGAGCGUUGGCUGACGGCCUCAAACACCAGUCGCUGCGAGCUCUGCCACUUUGAAUUUGCCUUGGAACGCUUGCCAAAGCCACUCACCGAGUGGCUGGACACCCCGUCCAUGCAGCACCAGAGGCGAACGCUGUGUGGUGACAUCAUCUGUUUUAUGUUCAUCACUCCGCUGGCCUGUCUCUCCGGCUGGCUGUGUGUCCAGGGGGCCAUGGACCUCUAUUACAGCAACAGCAUGGAGGCUAUUGGCCUCAUAGUCCUCACUCUUGCACUGUUCUCCAUCUACCUGUUCUGGACCUUUGUGUCUUUGCGCUACCACAUUCAUCUCUUUGAGGUGUGGAAAAGGACCAAUCAGAGAGUCAGGCUCCAGAUCUCCAGGCCAGCACUGUUACCACCUCGCCAACAAGAAUUUCCCCAGCUCUUCAUAAACAAGGACACCAGCAAGGAGACAGUGGUGUAGCUCUGCUCACCAUCACCAUCUCAGGUGGACAACCACUCCCACGGAUUAAACCCUUCUUUCCUUGGGCUGAAUAGACUUCAUGAUGAAUACACCGCCAUUUUCCUUUUGUUUGAGAAAGAAAAUUGACCGUUUUAGACUUAAAGAUUUAGUUUUGUCAGAAUUUUUUAUUUUUAUUAUUUUUUUUUUAAGUAAAUGAAAUGGAAUUCCCUGGGAAUGUGUUGAAUUUUGGGAGAUUUGGGACAAUUUCUUCUUAAAUGUCAUUUCAAGACACCCAGUAUCUCCAGCACUACAAACUUCCAUUGUACGUCGCUUUGGAUAAAAGCUUCUGCCAAAUAGGCCUAAAUGUAAGGUAAACUUCUAUACAGCUUUGAAAUUCCCAAUGACACCAAGCUUUCUGUGCUGCUAUGAUGUGGUAUUUAUACAAUUAUGAACAAUCAAGUCUUUCAGGUUUAUACUUCAGAGCCAAAUGGUCAACCUGUACAAAAAAUGAAGACCUGUGGCAUCAGUUCAGUAAAAAUCUUUAUUGAAGUUUUACAAAAUACUGUAGAAUACAUUCUGUUGCAAUACACAUUCAAUAAAUAACUGAAGACAUCUGUGAUUUCUACA